GACAAUUCUAAAUCAUAUGAAAAUGUUGUGAGAGAGUGAUCAAAUAUCCAAAACUCUUGUAAAGUAUACUGGUUGCUGGAUUUGAUUUAUACCGGUUAUUGGGUCCGGUUUGUUUUAGACCGGUUAUUGAGUCCGGUUUGGUCAAUUUAGAGCAAAACCUUUUUAUCAAGAAGCUAGAGAAAUGGAGAGAAAGUUCUGUUCUGCUCCUCUAGUUGCCUCUGCCACUGUUUGUAGGCUGUCCUGAGCAUAUGCUGUCAUAAAAAGGCUCUCUUUCUUGUUAGCUAAGCACGCACGAGUGACAUGGCAAUGUCAUCAGUUUCAACUCGAUUCCUUGUUCUUCUCCAAGACUUUUCAGCCUUCAGGAAGAUAUCAUGGCGUUCUGCUGCAACUAACUACCACCGCCAAUCGCGUCUCUUAUGCCAUGUUGCCAAAGAAGAUGGCUCUCUUACUCUUGCAAGCCUUGAGUUAGGGAACAACAGCCCAAGGAGAUCGGGGAAGAGUAAGGCUACGAAGCUUGAAGGAAGCUUUGUUUCUGAAAUGAGUCAACAAGGUAAGGUAAGAGCAGCAACGAACUAUAAAGUCAAAGUAGUGAAGGAGAAGAAACCAGCUGAGAUAGUGUCUCCUUUGUUUUCUGCAAAGUCAUUUGAGGAGCUUGGCCUCCCUGAUUCGUUGCUAGACAGCUUGGAAAGAGAAGGCUUCUCUGUCCCAACAGAUGUCCAAUCCGCAGCUGUCCCUGCAAUAAUCAAAGGUCAUGACGCAGUGAUUCAGUCUUACACAGGAUCUGGCAAAACCUUAGCUUAUCUGCUUCCGAUAUUAUCAGAGAUUGGUCCACUCUCAGGAAAAGCUAAGAGCAGCGAGAAGAGAGCUGAGAUUCAAGCGAUGAUCGUGGCUCCAUCAAGAGAACUCGGUAUGCAGAUAGUAAGAGAGGUGGAGAAGCUCCUCGGACCUGAUCACCGUAGAAUGGUUCAGCAGUUGGUUGGUGGUGCUAACCGGAUGAGGCAAGAGGAGGCGCUUAAGAAGAACAAACCUGCUAUCGUUGUUGGCACUCCAGGGAGAAUUGCAGAGAUAAGCAAAAGCGGGAGGUUGCACACUCAUGGGUGUAGAUUCUUGGUGCUAGACGAAGUCGAUGAGCUUUUAUCUUUUAACUUCCGAGAAGAUAUCCAUCGGAUUAUUGAACAUGUGGGAAGGAGAGCUGGGGCUGGUCCUAAAGGAGAAGUUGAUGAACGUGCUAACCGCCAGACCAUUCUAGUCUCUGCAACGGUUCCGUUCUCGGUUAUUCGAGCAGCUAAGAGCUGGAGUCACGAGCCUGUCCUUGUCCAAGCCAACAAAGUCACUCCUCUUGACAGCGUUCAAACAACCGCACCGGCUAUUAGCUUAACCCCCACAACUUCUGAGGCUAACGGCCAGAUUCAGACUACCAUCCAGAGCCUACCUCCAGCGCUGAAACACUUCUACUGCAUCUCAAAACAUCAACACAAAGUCGACGCGUUAAGGAGAUGCGUCCACGCCCUUGAUGCCCAGUCCGUUAUAGCUUUCAUGAACCACUCGAAGCAGCUGAAAGACGUGGUCUACAAGCUCGAAGCCCGUGGUAUGAGCUGCUCCGAGCUGCAUGGAGAUCUCGGGAAGCUAGGGAGAUCAACGGUUCUGAAGAAGUUCAAGAACGGGGAAGUUAGAGUGCUUGUGACUAACGAGCUCUCUGCUCGGGGUCUUGACGUCGCGGAGUGUGAUCUAGUGGUGAAUCUUGAACUCCCAACGGACGCGGUGCACUACGCACACAGAGCUGGGAGGACGGGGAGGCUGGGAAGGAAAGGGACGGUGGUUACAGUGUGUGAGGAAUCGCAAGUGUUUAUAGUGAAGAAGAUGGAGAAGCAGCUUGGUUUACCUUUCGAGUAUUGUGAGUUUGUUGAUGGAGAGCUUGUCGUCACUGAGGAAGAUAAAGCUAUUAUAAGGUAAAAGGAAACUAAAGAAUGUAAUAUUAUUUUGCUUCCUCCUACUAGUUUUCAGAUACUUUUAUAACAUAAUCAAAUUCAGAGUGUUGUCUUUUUAUAAUGUUAUCCUAAACAUAUUUGCUUUGA